CCAGCCCAGUAAAGUGCGCAACAGUUUCAUAACUUCUGGAGAAGAGCUAUGGACAUCCCCAGCACGUUACUAUUGUUGGGUUUAGUGAUAGCUCUGUUAUUGUUGCUCAGAUGGAGAAACAAGCCAAAGAAUCUUCCUCCUGGACCUACAGCUUUGCCUCUAGUUGGAAAUAUUCUCUCCAUGGACAACCGUUCACCCUUUAAAACCUUUCUAAAGUGGAGUAAGACGUACGGUCCUGUGAUGACGGCGUAUUUAGGAUCCCAGAGAGUCCUUGUCCUGGUGGGUUACGAAACAGUGAAGGAGGCCCUUGUUGACAAUGCGGAUGAUUUUGUGGGCAGAGCCCCGGUUCCUUUCGUCCAGAAGAUAUUGAAAGGUUACGGGCUUAUCAUCAGUAACGGAGAGCGCUGGCGUCAGCUCAGGAGGUUUGCGCUCACUACACUGAGAGACUUUGGGAUGGGACGCAAGAGGAUGGAGGGAUGGAUACAUGAAGAGAGCAGACACUUGCUGGACACCUUCAAAGACACAAAAGCUGCUCCAUUUGACCCUACGUUCUACCUGAGCAGAGCCGUGUCCAACAUCAUCUGCGCCCUGGUGUUCGGACAACGCUUCAGUUACAAAGACACCCAUUUCCUGCGUUUACUCCAGAUCAUCUCUGGUAUGCUGCAGUUUGGAAGCAGCUCACUGGGACAGUUGUAUAAUGUCUUUCCGCGGCUGGUCGAUCUGUUCCCUGGUAAGCAUCACACCGUUGUGAAGGAAGUGGACGAAGUCAAGGCUUUUUCUAGAGGCAAAGUACAAGAGCACAAGGAAAGUUUGGAUCCCGACAACCCACGAGACUUCAUCGACUGCUUCCUCAUCCGACUCAACCAGGAAAAGGACAAUCCUAAUACAGAGUUUCAUUAUGACAAUUUGAUAGCCAGUGUGUUAAACCUAUUCCUGGCUGGAACUGAGACCACCAGCACUACUAUCAGAUAUGCGCUGAUGUUACUGAUCAAGCAUCCUGAAAUACAGACUCGCAUGCAGAAAGAGAUCGACGCUGUGAUCGGACGCGACCGGAGCCCUUCGAUGGACGACAGGAAGUCCCUGCCGUUUACCGACGCGGUGAUCCACGAAGUGCAGCGUUAUGUGGAUCUCGUGCCGCUCAACGUUCCUCAUUACACCACACAUCCCAUUACAUUCAGAGGCUACAGCAUUCCAAAGGAUACAAUAAUCUUCCCCUUGCUUCACUCGGUCCUGAGGGACGAGGAACAUUGGGAGGAACCCUGGACAUUUAACCCCAAACACUUUUUGGACACAAAUGGCAACUUUAAGAAGAACCCUGCUUUCCUGCCUUUUUCUGCAGGUAAGAGGUCCUGUGUUGGUGAGUCUCUGGCUCGCAUGGAGCUGUUUAUUUUUCUGGUGUCUCUGCUGCAACAUUUCACCUUUACCACACCUGGAGGACCCGAGAGCAUCGACACCACUCCUGAAGUCAGUGGCUUUGCCAACCUGCCCCGCAAAUACCAGCUCAUCGCUACCCCCCACUGAACUAGGGCGGUACUGCAGGCUGAUUAUCAGCACCACUAGUGUGAAGAUCUAACAUAGAUAUUCAUGAAUGUGAAGAUAAUAUGUGUUAAUGUACCAUUCAGGCAUGUAGAGGAACGGAUGUUAUGUUUCAGCGGAAAAUUUGGGUAACUUUACGUGAAUUAUUAUUUUAAUUUGCACAUUAUCUUUAGAUGCUAUUAAUAGAUAUAAGCUAGAAGAACAAUAGACUAAAAAAACAGAUGUGAAUCAUAUAUAUAUAUAUAUUUCUUUAUUAUCAGCCACUUUAUCGCAUUCAUAAACUAUUAAUAGUCAUUUCGAUGCUUUAACGUAAUUCCGACGGAAAGCGACGAGCUGUACGUAACUUUACGGUUUUGUUAACGUCGACAGAAACACAGAAAUCAUCUCGUCGUGUUAAUAAAUACCUAUGACAAUACAGAGCUUUAGGGACGUUGACGUGUUACAGAAAAAGUGUGAAAACUGUGUGUCUGUGUGUCAUCAUGUCUCAGAUUAUCAUCAUCAUCAUCAUCAUCUCAAAUUUUUUUUUUUUUGCUUAUUUUCCUACUUUAAUUUCAGGAUGUGUGUUAAAGUGUAAAUUAUGACGUCUGACAGAAUGUGAUACAUGAGAAUUUCCUCACAGAUAAAUAGCUAAAUAGAGCGAAUCUUUUAAUGCACGUUAAACAUGUAGAUGUGAUGCGUAAUUAACUGCGAGGAGUUUAAGAGACAUUUCCGAUUCUUCCCUGCAAACGGCUCAAACGUCUCGUUUGUAAAAAGGCUGAGACACGAGCGACGGUAAAAAUCUGUUCGGUUAGAUCCUUAAACUGCACCUUAAUGAUGGAUUUGGCACAAAGAUGAGAAAUCUAGGGUUAUUAAAGACACUCGAGCUACAUCCAGAUUAGGUAGCGAUCGUUUACUGUACGUAUUAUCGGAGCUGAGACUAAUCACGUCUGUUUAACGUUUGUCUGUUAAAACUAUGUGAUAUAAGUUACAGGUGCAGCUCAUUUUAAAGCAGAUCCAGUUCAAACAUUAAGGCAGUGAAAGCCCUAGAAUUGUUCCUCAUAUCUACAGUCGUUGUUAUUUCUCGUUCAGGGUUAGAUGUUGGGGAGAUGGUGGUCGUACUUGGGCUUGUGUUUGUUCUUCGGCUCGGGUGCUGGGGAGAUGGUGCUGCUGGUAAGCUGAGGCAAAUACUGGGCCUGAAAACCAACGCAAAGGGUUUCUUAAUUUCAGUAAUUCAUAGAAUUGAUAAAUGAAUAACAACAACAAUGAGAACACGGAGGUCGUGUGCCGAGGGCUCAUGUCUCUACACAGAAACAUUUCAGCUAUGGAUCUCAAAGAUCAGACAAGAUCAGACAUUGUUCUGACAUGAAUGAGGAAACUGAACGGGUCUGAAAAGUGCACUGUUAUUGUUAUUAAUAUUAUUUUUAUUGUAUUAUAUACAAAUUUAGACGAGAAAAUACAAAUUCAAACCGAGUAUACAUUUAUUUCAACAAAAGCAACAAUUUUGUGCUAUUAAAAAUUUAAUGUCAUAAAUCUCGCCUCCGCACUGAGAGCCGAGCUGCCUGUUCCUGAGUGAUGCAUCUGUUUAAACUUGUGUGUGUGUGCGUGUGUGUGCGUGUGUGUGUGUGUGUGUGUGUGUGUGCGUGUGUGUAUUUGUGUGUGUGUGUGUGUUUCCUUUUGCUCUUUUUUGAUUUGUUUAUGUGAUAAAUAAAAGCCUCGGUCCCUGUGUCUCA